AUGGCCGACGCCAAUAAGCCUGCUGGCUUCUCCUUCGGCAGCACUUUUGGUGCCCCAGCAACAUCUUCGUCUUCGCUUUUUGGGAAAGCGCCGACGACAACUGCUGGCGACGCAAGUGCGCCAAAAUUCAGCUUCGGUAAUACAACACCAGCGGCUGGCGGUACAAACCAGACUGCUGCAACCCCAACCACAGGAGCAUUCGGUUCGAGCAAUCUUUUUGGAGCGGCCAACAAGAUGGCCAGCACAAAUAACACCACAACACCUUCGGGAGAACCCAAGCCAUCAUUAUUUGGAAGCUCUACAACACCGUCAGCACCACUGUUCGGCGCUCAGAGCUCUGCAAAGCCUCUGUUCGGCGCUGUCAGCAGCACCCCGGCCGCUGCAGGAUCGAGUGCUUCAGGAUCUUUGUUCGGAGGUUUUGCGCAACAGAAAGAUCAGACAGCAGCAUCCGCUGCGACGGCGAAUGGCAGCGCUCCCGCCUCAAAGGGGCCGGCAUUUGGCAAUUCUGGUACAACAAGUCUAUUUGGCGCGAAGCCAAACAGCCCAAGUUUGUUCGGAGCUCCCACUACGACAUCAGCAGCCCAGGGAGCGACAACUCAAGCAGCUCCGGCUUCGAGUCUUUUCGGCGCCCCGGCUGCCCCAUCGGCUGCACCACAAGCCUCAAGUAGCGGUCUCUUCGGUGGCGCGAACAAAUCGGCUGACGCCAAUUCAACGAGUAGUCCUGCUGCUUCAACCACGUUUGGCGCAUUCGCCAAGCGUCCAUCGGAACCGGCUGCCACGGAUGCUGGUCAGAAGAGCGCAGCCCCGAGCAACAUGUUCCAGCCUCCCGCAGCCCCUGCGCAAGGCCAGACCAGUGCUGCACCAGGCGCCGCCGCGCCGACUUUGGGAAGCACAUUUGGCUCGAGUGUAUUCUCAGCGAAACCUGCCACUGGCGAUGCGCAGGCUCCCAAGCUUGGUGCAGCUCCGGCUACAGGGCUAGGAGGUGGAUUGUUUGGAGCGACAGCCGGAACACCAGCCUCGUCAUCGGCACAGGCAAUAUCUACAACUCCUGGUGCGACCGCGGGUUCUGGAAGCUCUCUGUUCGGUGCAUUGAAGCCUUCCAUGCCCCCAGCUACUUCCGCGCCUGCGGGAGGUCUGUUCGGCAGCAGCCAAGCGCCUGCUGCGACUACUGCACCGUCUGCCGGUAGUCUCUUCGGCAAGAUUGGUUCUUCCGCGCCUGCGCAGCCGGCGACUUCCACAGCCACCACGACAAGCAGCGCAGCUCCCUCUCUGUUCGGUGCUACCGCCUCAAACUCUUCUGCUUCGGCUUCGAUCCCAGCAACGACGACGUCUGCGCCGACGGGCAGCCUAUUCCCAACUAAUUCAUCGUCCGCAGCAGCGCCUGCAUCUUCGACUGCGACGGCCUCCGCUCCUACAGGCGCUGCAACAACUGGCAGCAAUACCACCGGGGUCAACGCCGGCGCUAGCACUACUGGACCGGCGCCUCGCAACGGCUCUCGCAUGGCGCACAAAACUCUUGACGAAGUCCUUACCAUGUGGUCAACGUCCCUCACCUCGCACCAAAAGUCGUUCAAGGACCUCGCUACACAAGUCAGUGCGUGGGACCGUCAAAUGGUUGAAAACAGCAUGAAGAUCAGCGCUCUUUAUAGCCGCUGUUUCCAGGCCGAACGCGACUGCAGCGAAGUGGAACGGCAGUUGACCAACGUCGAGCACACCCAGAACGACAUUGCGGUAUUUCUGGACCGGUACGAGGCGGAAGUCGAUCAGAUGAUGCAAGUCGCUGGAGUCGACGCCGAUGGAAUCAGUGGCGUUGAUGCUGAACGCGACAACACCUACAAACUGGCCGAGCAGUGCUCUUCCCGACUUGGUGACGUGUCUCGAUCUCUGAACGACAUGGUUGCGGAGAUCAACAACGCCUCCAGCAAAUUGUCAAGCGCUACGAAUUCGGGCGACGACCGCAACGCGAACACUAACGAAUCGGAUCCUCUGAGGCAGAUCGUGCGAACGCUGAACAGCCACCUUGUGCAGCUGCAAAACAUUGGCGAGGGAGCACAAUCGCUGCAGGGACAGAUUGCUUCAGCACAACGUGACGCAAGGUCAUUGAGUGGCGCACAGGGCAUCAACGGUGGAGGCUCGUGGGUAGAUGACUUUGGAAGGUCAUACCUGGGCCGGCGAUGA